ACCGUACAGAGGAUCGCAUUGGUCCAGCUGCACUUGUUGGGCGCGUCGACAGGUCAGCACAAAGGCGAGCUGCAGUCGCCCAACGUUGGCCAGUCAACAAGCCUUUGCCGAGGACUUGGACGCCCGUCGCCAAAGCAGCACACUCCUUCAUCGGCUCACCGUCCGACAACACCUGCUACCCCUCUUGCUGAGUCCGGCGUGUCGACUUUGCUAUUGCGUAGAAGCGAGGACAGCGCACGGGCAUUAGAUCUCAGAGAACAUCAGCUGCUUGUGUCUCGGCUGGACACCUCAGGGCGACCCUCCUGA